AUGCUGAGAAUCUUUUUAACACUCACACUCGUCAACUGCUCUCUGUGCAUAAGCCCUUCCAGCGUCCUCUACAAUGAAGUCUUCGCCUACCACAACGAGACCUACAUAAAAGCAGAAUUCGCGUAUGCAGCAGUCUUGAAAAUCUUCAACGCCUUCCAGCAAUGGUUCUUCACAGUCACCUUUUGCGAAUUCACGUACUUCGAGAACAGGAUCUUAAAAUAUACCGAGACCUUCGGCUACGGAUAUCCAGUCAUGCUUUUGAAUGGAUGCCAAAAUCUGAAUAAUACUAAAGUUAAACCUAAACGAAAUACGCAUGGGCAGACCGCAUACAUUGUGACUUCGGACCAAUUAACUGUUGAAGACAGCGAAAAUGCGAUAGAUGCAUUGACCAAAACCGGUGUUUUCAAACGGAGAUCUGCAGUCAUAUUCAUCUUAAACGUACCUGUGGAAGUUGAUAGCUACUUUUAUUUUUCGAUGAAGAUUCAUUUCGAAUUACUGUGGAGUCGGCAAAUAACCAACUCCAUAUUAGUUCUUUGGACGGAUCAACUAAAAAUGUAUACUUAUAAUCCAUUUUAUCAAGAAAUCAAAGAUAUAACGAAUGUUACUGAUAUUACUAGAUUACUUCAGGGACAAUAUGACGACUUGAAUGGGCACGAGCUAAAACUAAGUGUUUUUAGAAAAAUUUAUACUUCUGAUGAUACUGGGCCAGUUUAUUGUAGCUCUAGGCUAGCCAGGACGAUAAUGAGUAGAAUUAAUGCAACCUGUAAACCACUGGCUCCUAGAGACGGUAACACAGUUGGAGAUUUAUUAGACAACGGUACGGCCACAGGAGUAACGGCAGAUUUAAUUGAUGGAUAUACAGACUUAGAAUUAAACUCUAGAAUUUUGAAGAAUUCUUAUUACGGUUAUAUCGACACAACAUAUCCCCUCGGCCAAGACAAUCUAUGCUUCUUAAUAAAGAAGUCCAUGCAACAAUCAGCAUUUAUGACCACACUGCAAUUAAUAUCAACAGACAUGUUAUUACUUUUUACUUUCAACGUGAUAGUUCUCAUAGUUAUUAGUAUUGCAAUUCGAAGAGCGGAGAAAAAUAUAUGGAAGAUCGAUGAUAAACAGUCAACAUCUGAAACAGUUGUGGAGUUAGUGAAAUGCUUUCUACGGCAAACAGUUGAUGUCAAAUUUCCCGGACUAAUCUUCAGAUGCGUUAUUUUAGCUAUUAUGGUAUAUUCUCUGGUCGUGAAUUGCGCUAUUGAUGGAAUCAUCACAUCAUCUGUAUCAUAUCCAAGAUAUAAACAAGAUGCUAAUACGAUAUCAGAAUUACUGAAAGCAAAUUUAACAUUUGGAGUUCAUAACCGUCAUAUGCAGAUUUUUAGGAAGAGUCUAAGCGGAGAGUACUAUAACGAGUUUUUAAAAAGAACUGUAACAUUUAACGACAAGAAUAUAAAAGACGCUAUUGAAAACAGAAAAUUCAAGUAUGCAAUUUUACUGCGAAAAUCUGAUGCUGAAUAUAUUAGUCGCAAACCAUCGAAUAUGGAAAACGGUCGACCAAUUUUUCAUACCGUUACAGAAUGCCCUGUACCUUGUUCUACUGUAUAUGGAUUGCGCUAUGGAAGCCCAUAUCUGCCGAGACUCGAUAACAUAUUGGGUUAUUUAAAUCAAGGAGGCAUUCUAGAAUACUGGACCAAAUCUGAUGAGUUCACUUUAUAUCGAACUCAUAGCAAAGUUCUAUAUACUGAGAAUAGCAGAGGUGAGAUAUCUUUGAACGUGAAAAAUCUUAAAGAAGUUUUUAUAGUAUGGAUUUUUGGACUAUGUGUGAGCACUGCUGUUUUUGUCAUAGAAAUAUUGAUACAGGCUUUUAAUAAAAAUACACUUCUCUAG